AUGAAUAAGAUAGUUGAGAUAGGAGAGUACCAUAAGAACGUAUGUCUUGAGUUUAUCCUAAUAAAGUGCCUAGAAAUAAACAAAACAAAAGACAACGAUGUUGUAUCAACAUGGCUAGUUGGAGAUGAAAGCGGAACGAUUGAGCUUGGGCUGUGGAACACGGUUUUAAAUGCUGGAGAUGUGAUAUGCUUGAAUGGUGGAUACACAUCGCUAUUUCAGGGGCGAAAAAGGCUGUUUGUAUCCAAGAGCGGAACAAUCAGCAGAACCAGGACGUUUAGGAAGAUAUUCAAGAUGAGCGAGGCACACAUCGAACUCUGA